CUAGAAUUCGUAUAUAAGUGUGGUGAAUUUGAAGAAACAUCACAGUCACCAGUGCAUCCUCUUGUUCUCCACAACUACCAACACCCACCACAAAAACCCAAAAAUGAAAUCCUUCAUCGUACUCGCUCUUUGCGUCGCCGUGGCUGUGGCCGUCCCAGUUGAGCCCAAGGACGCCGUCGUCGUCAGCCAGUCCCUCAACAACAUCGGAGUUGAUGGCUACAGCUUCGGCUACGAGACCAGCGAUGGCAAGAAGGGCUCCGAAGCCGGUCAGCUGAAGAACGUUGGCAGCGAGAACGAGGCUCUUGAGGUCCAGGGUGAAUUCUCCUACGUAGCCCCCGACGGUAUCACCUACUCCGUCAGGUACAUCGCUAACGAGAACGGCUUCCAGCCCCAGGGUGCUCACCUCCCCGUGGCUGCCUAAGCAACCCCCUUAGUUACCAAUAUCUAGUCUAAACUGACCGAUAGCAAGAGUAUGUUGUUACCUGAUGACUGAUCGUCUUUUGUUAGCUCUUGCAGUAAUAAUGAGUAGGAUAAUGAAUAAACAUUUUUGAUUUAA